AUGAAAUAUGAGAAACCAUUUGGGAAUGAUGAUAAAGAUAAUAAAAAAAAUGAACAUAAUUUGAAAAAUUAUAAUUAUAAUAGAGGUAGUAACAAACGAUAUGGUAAUAAUGAAGAAGGUGAAGGAUAUAACAAAUUGCCAUAUCAUAAUAAUAGAUCACAUGGAAAUAAUAGAUUUAAUAAUAAAUUUUAUUCAAACAAACAAAAUGGCUUAUAUUUUUCACAAAAUGCAAAAAAAAACAGUAAUAAUGAAAUAAAUAAUAAAACAAUAGAUAGACGGAAUAAUAAAAAUAAUGAUUAUACUCGUCCAUCUUAUAAAAAAGGAAUAAUAAAUGACAAAAAUAAUAAAUCAAAAAAUUAUGCUCAUCCUCAUAAAAAAUAUAUAAGACCAGAAAAGCACUUCAAACAAAAGUUAUACAACAAUAAUAAUUAUAAUUCAAACAAUUUUGAUAAUAAUAAUAAUUGGAAUAAUUAUGAUGAGAAUUUUUCUUUUGGUGAAGAUAAAAUUUACAAUGACAUAAAUGAAGAUUAUAAAAAUAAUUAUGAUGAAACAUAUUAUGACAACUACACUAGCGGUACUAAUAUGAAUAAAACAAAACAAGAAAAUAUAAAUAUAGAAUUAAGUAAUUUACAUAGAGAUCUUCACAAUUUAUUAUUUAAUGCAUCGAAUGCAAAUGAAAAUGAUAAAAAUAACGAUAUAUCAGAUGAUAAUCCAAAUAAUAAUGAACUAAAUAAUGUUGAUCAAAAUGAUGGAACAUCUUUGAAUGUGGAGUCUCAAAAUAAAAGUUCUAACGAUAGUGUCUUAAACACAUUAUCUUUUUUAAGAACAAUUCCAUUUAAAACAUCAGGGAGUGUUAAAGAUAGCAACAGUAGUAUUAGUGAUAAUAAUAGUGAUGUAGAAAAUCGAAACUCAAAUUUUUCAAAAAAUAAUUUAGAACAAAAUAGCUAUUUUAAUCAUACAAAUGUAGUAAUUAACAAUAGAAUAAAUGAUGGGCAUGUAAAUAAUUACAUGUCAGGAUAUAAUCAACAAAUAGAACAUAAAAAUAUGGAUAGAACUACUUCAAGAGGAAUGCAUAAUAUGUAUGGUUCUAAAGGAAAUGCAUUUUUUCAAGAAUCAGCAUUUUCUAAUGAUGAGCAUAGUGAUAGUAGUAGUAAUAUGGAGGAUAAAGUAACAAGACAUGACAACUUUAACAAUCGAAAUAUAUAUGACCAAAAUAAUGAUCAAAUAAAAUUUGAUAACAGAAUAAAUUUAAAUGAUAAUAUUUUUCCAGAAACUCAAAUUAAAGAAUCAUUAAAAAUAUUAAAUACUUUACAAGUUGAUAUUGAAAGAGUUUGUUGUUAUAUAAAACAUUUUUCUGAUCCUCCUGAUAAAUUAUUUGAAGUUAUGAGUGAAGUAUUUCUUGAUAAUACAAUAUUAUUAAAUUCUAAAAUUGCAAUAUUUUAUGUUUAUAAUCAUUUAAUUCAAGAGUUGCGAAAUAAUUAUCGAAAUAAUUUUGAUAAAUAUAUGUAUAUAGCUAAUAAAGGGUUAGAAAUUUUCGUUAUACCAAUAUUAAGAUAUAUAUUAACAGAAGAUGUAAAAAAUAUUGAAAUGAUAAAUAAAUUUUAUCGAUGUAUAUCAAUAUGGAAUGAAAGAAAUAUAUAUAGUAAAUUUAUAUGUGAUCAAUUAAUAGCUUUACAAAAAAGUCCUCAAAAAAAAAUUGAAAUAAAUAUAAAAAAUAUAACAAAUAAAGCUCAUACAUUAUUAUCUAAUGAAUUAUCUAAUUUUGUUCCAUUAAAUUUUAUUUUAAAAAUGCCAAGUAUUAAUAAUGAACAUAAAAAGGCAUUAAACAAUGAAAUUAUAAAAUCCUUAUUUAUAAAUCCGUCUAAGGAAACAUUAAAAGGUUUAGAUAAUAAAAAUAUUGAUGAAGCAUCCAAAACAUCAGACAAAGUAAUGAGGAUGUUUGGACAAGAAUUAAUUUUAGUUAAUUCUCAGAUUUUGGAAUUAUCUUCUCUAAUUAAUGACAAUAAUGACUGUUUAGUUAAACUAAGAGAUUCCAUGGAUAAUUUAAAGGAUUGA